UCUGCAGCAUAAGGCCCUUUGCAAUGCGUUCUGGGGGCGGUGCGGGCAGGCGGCGCAGCAGCGCAGCUAGGUCGGUGGUGCAGUACUCCUGAACGAGGUAGAUGGCCUGGCCCUGGAGGGGUUGCGGCAGACAGAGGUGAAGGAAGAGGACAUAUCAGGAGAGCACUCUACCGAAAAAAGAGAAAGAGUGAUGUGGUAAGGUCAGGGUCAACGGAUGCCUGGUCUAGAAGGGUUGAGAAGAGGGUGGCCCUGGGAAUCCAGGGAUUCGAUGUGCAGCGACCCUUUGACUCACCUUCGGAAAGACGUCCAGCAAUGCAACCACAUUUGGGUGUGAAACGCUUUGCAGCGCCUUGAUUUCGCGAACGAUAACAUCUGGUAUUCCCGAGGUGUUGCGAAUGUGAAUUCGCUUUAAAGCAACAACUUCGCCUGUCUCCAAUACCGAUGCUAGGGACACCUGAGAAAGGCAUCGUAGUAACGUUUCAUGUAUGGGGGAUCCCUGACAGCAAAAAUACUUAAUGGUCUGUCGCGUACCUCGCCAAAGGCACCCUGGCCUAAACGGCGUAUAGGCCGGUAAGUAUGGAACGUGCCUUGGAGGGCAGAGGGCAUUUUUCUCAGUAACACAUCUGUUGAACAGGAAGAGUACAUGUAUCUGCACGGCACAUAGUUGGGCCCACGUACAUGAGGCUCGGCGCGCGUAGGAACGUUUCACGCAAUUCUGUACAGAAUUGUAUGAUUUUCAGUUAGGAAGCAUUUGUUCAAGACUGUGACAAUGCAGACGCUAUCUUCCAAGGCCUUCACAGGCAGCGUGCAGCCUUUCACUGCCAACCGCGUGUCCGCCGCUAGGCCUGCUCGUGUGGCCACUGUAAUUGAGAACCGUGUUGCGCUCCGUUUCCAACGCUUUGGCCGCAAGAAGCUGCCCUUCUAUCGCCUUGUGGCCAUUGACAGCAAGAAGCGGAGGGAUGGCGAGCCGCUGGAGUACCUGGGCUGGUAUGACCCCUUGAAGAAGGAGACCAACCUGAACGCGCCUGCGAUUAAGGAGUGGUUGGCUAAGGGCGCUCUGCCCUCAGAGACUGUGGAGGGUCUGCUCAGGAAGGCGUACGUAAUGGAGCCUAAAAUGAAGAAGGUGGUGGUGCCCAAGGACGCAGUUAAGAUCUGAGUUAAGCAAUUCACAAUUAGCGGUCGUCGGCAGUUGUGGACCCCAUGCUUCAACGGCGGCGAUACAGCCUCGCUAUGAACGUGUGGGACAGCGGGGCAUCAGCGGAUGAGGAUGGCGCCUAAGCAGAGGAGGAAGCUGUAGUUUUCAGCCUGCAUUUUGGCGAUUGCCGCUGCCGGAGGAGCGGUUGGGGGUUUUGGAGAGGCCUGAGCGGUUGCAGCUGACUUGCCACAAUUUUGUUCUUAUGGGUGGCAGUGCUCGUUCAGCUUGCGUGGGGGGGGGGCCGGAGUAACCGUUUGGGAGGCAUUUUUGGACGCAGAGCGGGCUUCUGGGGAUCUGAAUGUUAUAGAGCCAGUUGUGCUUGGGAGAUAGACACGGGAGGGUUGAGAGGAAACACUUCAGCGCAGACAUUGCGCGCAUGCAUUCUUGUCAUGCGGCUUGGUAGGGGGCUGCACGCGGAUUCAUGUAUGUGAGCCAUUACCCUGUAAUGACCUAAGAUAUGCGAGAUGUUGAGUAUUGUACACCGAAGUGUUGUACUUGUAGCUUGAAGGGUAAGCGCAUUACGGUCUUUCCCUAGCGAGCAUGUGUCUCUCAGCUGUCCCGGCUGAUUCUGAGAUGCUCACCUAUAGCUCACCUAUGGGUGCACACCGGACUGGGUCACACGGUGCAAACAGCCCGCCAGGACGGCACUGGUAGCUGCUGAGAGCGGUAGUAACAGCAACCGGCAGUGAAGACGACCCUCAACGCAUGAGAGCGCAGUUAAUUAAGGCAGCGGUUGGCGUAACUGGUUGACCGUUGCCUGGUCCCUGGCGGGGUACGGCAGACCGCAAUAGAACCCUUUCAACACGUAGCGGGAAGGCUUGCUAAAUGCUAAUAGCAACCUGCCUGGCCAGCCUGCUGUCCCCGAAAUCGGGACAUGAACAAAAUAGACCAGCUUUAUCCUACAGGAUAGAACGGGAACUGUGCACCACUCCUGCUGGUAUACUUCCCUCCUCUGACCUGAACUCAUGAAACUCUUGGCACAUUUUUCCAACACCCUGCACAACCUCAAUACUGUACUCCGACUUCCUUACAAGGCUCCGGCUUUGCGAGCCAGUCCCGAGCAGCGAGCUGACAGGCUCAGUUCCCGUCCCUGCCUUCCACACACCCUUACCAAAUCCCCCGCCGCCCCCGCAGCUCCUCUACUUGCCCGCCGCCUCCUUCCCCACCGUCCGCUCCACCACCUUAUCCAC